AUGCAAGGCAAAAGGCACGAGUUCAAUCUCUUUCAUGAAAACAUCGUUGACCCGGUCCUAUGGCAGCGGCUGGACGACAUCGUCCGCCAAUGGAUAUAUAGCACAAUAUCUAACGAUCUCCUUAACACUAUCAUCAAUCCUGACGAUAAGGCGAUCGAUGCUUGGAACCGUUUGAAGGAUUUCUUCCAGAAUAACAAGUCUGCUAGAGCUCUUCAAUUAGAAGCCCAGUUCACUAACACCAAAUUAGAAGAUUUCAAUGGUGUAAAACCGUAUUGCACUCGUCUUAAGGUUUUGGCUGACAGUCUACGGAACGUCGGUGAUAAGGUGUCGGACAACCGUAUGGCCUUUCAACUCCUCAAAGGUCUCUCUGAAGAUUAA